AUGAGUACAUUGGCCGACUCGACUGGGCAGAAUGGUGAGGUUCGGACGCCACAACCUAUUGCCCUGAUUGGAUAUUCUUGUCGUUUGCCUGGCCAGGUGAACUCGCCCACCGAUCUAUGGGAAUUAUGUACUCGAGGCCGCACCGGCUGGUCGCCCAUCCCUAAAGAACGAUUCUCCAGCGAUGCCUACCACCACCCCAACCCCUCAAAACUGGGGACCGCCAAUCCCAAAGGCGGUUAUUUCUUAGACGAAGAGACGAUUUCCCAAUUCGAUGCCCCCUUUUUCAACGUUAGUGUUCAAGAAGCUAUUUCUAUGGACCCACAACAACGCCUACUGCUAGAAUGCGUCUUUGUGGGUGGCAAUUUUGCCGACUAUGAACUUCGCAACCUGCGCGAUCUCGAAACGACCCCUAAUUUCCAAGCAACUGGAUGCGCCCCAGCGCUCCAAUCCAACCGCAUUUCAUACUUCUUCAACCUUCAAGGCCCCAGUUUUACCGUCGAUACCGCUUGUUCUUCAUCUUUGGUGGCGUUGAACUCUGCUGUCCAGAGCUUGCGAAGCGGCGAGUCAAAAGAGGCUUUAGUUGGUGGUUGCAGACUAAAUAUCAACCCGGACUACUUUGUGACCAUGUCGACUUCACAAUUGUUCAACGACGAGGGAAAGACUUAUGCUUUUGACGAAAGAGCCAAAUCUGGCUUCGCACGUGGUGAGGGUGCUGGCGUGGUCCUGCUCAAGCCUCUCGACGCCGCUUUAAGGGACAAGGACCCCAUCCGCGCCAUUAUUGCCAAUACCGGUGUCAACCAGGACGGACGAACAAAGGGGAUUACUAUGCCUAACGGCCAAGCCCAGGAAGAUUUAAUUACACAAGUGUACCGUGAUGCGAACUUGAACCCCGACGACUGCGGGUACGUCGAAAUGCACGGUACGGGAACCAAGGCCGGUGACCCUAUCGAGGCCGCCGCUUCUAAUGUGGGCCAUCUUGAAGGUGCCAGUGGUAUGGCUUCUCUGAUCAAGGCUGCUAUGAUCCUGGACCGAGGCCUCUUGCUGCCGAACGCCGACUUCAAGAAGCCCAACCCUAAUAUCCCGAUGGACGAGUGGAACAUGAAGGUCGUUACCUCGACACGCCCAUGGCCCCGCGGGAAAAAAUAUAUCAGUGUUUCGAACUACGGUUUCGGAGGGACCAACGCCCAUGUGGUUCUCGAGAAAGCGCCUCCACCAGUCGAGACCCAAGAUAACCCCGAUCUCGACAAUGACCCUUCUCACAAACUGUUCCUGAUUUCCGCCAACGACAAGGAGUCGCUGAAGACAAAGAUCCGGGACUUCGGUGUCUACUUUGAGCAGCGCCCCGAAGUGUUCGAAAAGUCUCUGUUCGGGAACUUUGCCCACACCGUGGGUAGCAAGAUGUCACACUUGUCAUACCGGGUGGCCCUAUCUGCUCCAUCACUGGAUGGCCUCGGUAUCCGUCUCGCGCAGUUGAAGGUCAACCCCGCUCGAGUGCUGGGUGCUCCUACUGUGUCGUUUGUUUUCACUGGACAGGGUGCGCAAUGGGCUCAGAUGGGUAUGCCUCUCAUGAAGGAAUACGCCGUUUUCGCCAGUGCGAUGGAACGGGCCGACCGCUGCUUGCGGGAUCUCGGUGCUGAGUUCUCUCUUCUGGAAGCUCUCGAGAAGGAAGCUGCUGAGUCGGAGAUCAACUCUCCUCAUUUGAGCCAGCCGGCAUGUACAGCGCUCCAGAUCGCGCUGACGGACCUUCUUGCCUCAUGGGGUGUCAAGCCCUCUUCCGUUGUGGGACACAGUUCCGGUGAGAUUGGGGCUGCUUAUGCUGCCGGGAUCUACAACCUGGAGGGUGCCAUGGCUCUUGCCUACCGCCGUGGCCAGAUGACCCAGUUGCUGAAGAAGACCUGCACUGAUCUGAAGGGUACCAUGAUAGCUGUUGGUGCUGGUCCUGAUGCUGUCAAGCCCAUGCUGAAGACUUUGGGUGCUUAUGCUACUAUUGCUUGUGUUAACAGUCCUUCGAGUGUUACUGUCUCCGGUGAUGUCGCCGCUGUUGACGAACUCGAGGCUAUUUUGCAAGAGAAGCAGCUCUUCAACCGAAAGCUUAAGAUUGACGUCGCCUACCACUCUGACCACAUGAAGAAUGUCGCCGAGGCCUAUCUGUCGGCUAUUGAGUCUAUCAAGCCUGCUGCGACCUCAACAGCCACCUUCUUCUCUUCCGUCACUGGAAAUAUUGCGCAGCCAUCUGAGCUGGGAGCAGCCUACUGGGUGCAGAACUUGACCUCUACUGUUCUUUUUGCUGACGCCCUCAGCAAGAUGUGCGGAAGCGAAGAGACCCGACCCAACUUGCUGAUGGAAGUUGGCCCUCACUCUGCUCUGAAGGGCCCGGUUCUGGAUACUCUCAAGACCCUUGGAUCGGCGGCCACCAAGAUUGCGUACGCUCCUACCGUGGUUCGUAACGCGGAGGCUGCUCAGUCUGUUUUGGACGCUGCCGGUGCUGCCUUUGUUCGAGGCAUGAAUCUAAACAUCACGGAGAUAAACUUCCCCACUAGUAAAGCGAAGAACCGCAGUUUCCUCACAGAUUUGCCUCGCUACCCGUGGCAGCACGGCACAAAGUAUUGGCACGAGUCUCGCAUUGCGCAGAAACACAGUCACCGCGAUGGUGUGCGAAACGACAUCCUGGGUACCCAGGCUAUGUACUCUAACGACCUAGAGCCAACCUGGCGCAAUGUCAUUCAUCUCGAUGAUAUCAAGUGGCUUCGGGAGCACAAGAUGCAGGGCAUGGCUGUGUAUCCCAUGGCUGGCUACCUUUCUAUGGCUGUGGAGGCAGCACGACGUCGCGCAGCACAGCACGAUGCUGUUUUCUCCCAGUUCGACUUCCGUGAAGUGAAGGUCGGCUCGGCGCUCGUCUUGACGGACGAGGUUGAUUCGGAGACUACCAUCACUCUCCGCCCCUACACAGAGGGCACCCGUGGCCACUCUGAUGUCUGGGAUGAAUUCCGAAUUUGCUCUUGGACCACCAAGCGUGGCUGGAUCGAGCACUGCACAGGUAUGGUGCGUACUCGGGCCAACAAGAGCCAGCGCAGUGCUGUCUCGACCGUCACCGAAGAGGAAGAGAAGCGCUUCCAGAAGCAGAUUGCCACAGUUUCUAAACAGGCUACUUACAAGGUCGACGCUCAGAGCAUGUAUCAAAUCCUGGCUGAGGUCGGCGCUGGCUACGGUCCUGCCUUCCAGGGCCUGGACAACAUCUACUCCCACUCUCGCCACUCUCGUGCCGAUCUAUUCGUUCGCGACACCAAGACCAUGAUGCCCAAGGAAUUCGAGGCUCCAUUGACUAUCCACCCCGCUUUCCUGGAUGGCUUGCUUCACCUUGUCUGGCCCAUCCUGGGCAACGGUCGCAUGGAGCUCGAUACCCUUUACAUGCCUACUAUGAUCAAGAACCUGACUAUCCACGAUAAGAUCCCUUCUCAAACUGGUGACUUCGUCAAGGCCUGGUGUAAUGGCGGCCCCAGCAAGCCCAGCCCUGAGCCGACCAAAUUUGAUCUCUGGGUUACUCCCGAAGGCUCCUCCGAGGUCCUGAUUGACAUGGAGGGCCUUAUCAUGACUCCCCUCAAGGACCCAGGUUCGAUGCGGGGCCCUGAGACUCGUGAUCUUUGCUACAAGCUGGAGUGGGUUACUCUUUCUGCUGCGGAGAACGCUUUUAAAAAGGAGGUGGAGGAAAUAAACGGCCAUGCCAGUGGUGAGACUAAUGGUCAUGCCAAUGGUCACGCUAACGGCCAUGCUAACGGUCACGUCAAUGGCCAUUCUGUCACCUCGGCCGAUGUCCUCAUCACCCAGUUCGGAGAGCCCGACGGCAAUCCUGAAACAAUCAAGGGUGCUAUCUCUAGCUACGCAGCUGGCUGGGAGCCGUCAGUCGCCACAUUUGGAUCGGCCGAUGUCGCCAACAAGCAUGUCAUCGUCCUCCAAACAGGUAAGAAGACUCUGCGCGACCUCACCAAGCCCGAGUUCGAGUCUAUGCAGAAGACUCUUCUCAGUGCCUCCCACAUUAUCUGGGUCUACCGUGCCGACAGCCCCGAUGCUCACAUGAUUGUUGGUCUUACCCGCAGUCUGCGUUCCGAGUCUUUGGCCAAGGUUGCUACUCUCGGCAUCACCGAUGAGGAUCUCAAGCACCCCUCCGGAUCCGUCCUGUCUGCCAUGGAGGUCCUUUGGCCCACCGAUGGGGGCAAACCCUGCAAGGACUUCGAGUUCAAGGCUCGGGGAUCUGACCUCCUGGUCCCCCGUGUGGGAGAUGACGAGGCAGCCAAUGCCUUCGUGCACAAUGAGACUCACGAGAUGACCAUCUCAUCGCAGCCGUUCCACCAGCCAGGGCGCCGCUUCAAGCUGGAGAUUGGCAGUGCUGGAGCCCUGGACACCCUCUACUUCACCGACGAGGAGCCCGAGCCUCUGGAUGACGAUGACAUUGAGAUCGAGGUUAAGGCCACGGGCCUCAACUUCAAGGAUAUCGUCGUCACGAUGGGCCAAUUAGCUCAGCCAUACAUUGGCAUCGAGUGUGCUGGUGUUGUUGCGGCCGCAGGAAAGAACGUGAAGCAUGUCAAGGUCGGUGACCGUGUCAUGGCUCUUCCUCUGGGUGCGUACUCAACGUACGCUCGCUGCAAGGGUACCAGCGCUGCUCUGAUUCCGGAGGAUAUGUCUUUCGAGGUCGGUGCCACUGUUCCUGUGGUCUUCUGCACUGCGUACUACGCGCUCUUUGACCUUGGUCGUCUUCAGUCUGACGAGCGCGUCCUCAUUCACGCUGGUGCUGGUGGAGUAGGCCAGUCGGCCAUCAUGCUUGCUCAGAUGAUCGGAGCAGAGAUCUUCACUACCGUCGGUAGCGUCGAGAAGAAGCACUUCCUGAUGACCCAGUACGGCAUUCCCGAGGAUCACAUCCUGUACAGUCGCGACACUUCGUUCAAGCAAGGCAUCCGCCAAUUGACUAACGGCGAAGGCGUCGAUGUCGUUGUCAACUCGCUCGCUGGCGACCUCCUCCGUGAGACCUGGGAGUGUCUUGCUCCGUUCGGCCGCUUCGUGGAGAUAGGAAAGGCGGAUAUCACCAAGAACACCCGUCUGGACAUGCUGCCAUUCGAAUACAACGUCACCUUCGCCUCCGUCGAUCUGACCAAGGUUGCGGCUUACAAGCCCAAGCUGAUGAACCGCCUCCUGGUCUUCGUCAGCCACCUUCUCAAGCAGGGUACUAUCAGCCCUAUCCUUCCCCUUACUACAUAUCGUAUCUCCGAGCUCGAGACUGCCUUCCGUACCUUGCAAACUGGUAAGGCUAUGGGUAAGAUCGUGGUGGUUCCCCAUCCUGGUGACCACGUUAAGGCUGUUGCGCCCAAGACCAACUCAACCCUCCUGAAGGCCGAUGCAUCUUACAUCCUGAUCGGUGGUACCGGUGGUCUGGGCCGGAGCAUGGCUCGCUGGAUGUCUGCCAGAGGCGCAAGGAACAUCGUACUCGUGUCCCGUCGCGCUGAGAUCAACGAUAGAGUCCAGGCUCUGAUCGACGAGCUUGCCGCCGAGAAGACUCUCGUCACCGUCAAGGCGUGCGACGUCAGCAGCAAGCCAUCCGUCGAGAAGCUCAUCCACACGGAUCUGAAGGGCCUUCCUCCCGUCCGCGGUGUCGUCCACGGUGCCAUGGUGCUCCGCGACAUGCUCUUCGAGAACAUGACCUUGGACGACUUCCAUUCCGUCGCCGUCGGCUUCUUCGUCGCCCUGUCCUCCGUCGCUGGCGUGAUCGGGAACCGCGGCCAAGCCGCAUACGCCGCAGCAAACGUCUUCCUCGAUGAGUUCAUGAGCUGGCGUCGCUCGCAAGGCCUGGCCGGGACUACCAUCGACCUGACCGCCGUCAGCGACGCGGGCUACCUCGCGGACGUCGACGCCAAGCGACUCGCCGAGGUGCUGAAGAACAUUGGCAGCGACACGAUGGAUGAAGGCGAGGUGCUCGCGCUGCUCGGCGCCGCGAUCACGGGAGACCUGACGCGGUCGUGCUCGGGGCAGAGCAUCACCGGUCUGAGUCUCGGAGCCACUCUCGAACACUUCUGGGCGCAGGACGCCAAGUUCAGCGUGCUCUACGAGACGGCCAAGGAGAAGCUGGGCAGUGGAGGUCCAGGGCGAGCGGCCCGUCGCGCUGAGACCAAGGAGGCUGCGCUGGAGAUCUGCUACCAGGCCCUUGCUGCCAAGCUGGCGCAGGUGCUUGUGAUUUCACUGGAUGAUAUGGAUCCAUCGGUGACGGUGUCGUCGCUGGGUCUGGACUCGCUGGUAGCGAUCGAGAUCCGGAACUGGAUUGCCCGGGAGGCGAAUGCGAACGUGCAGGUGCUGGAGUUGCUGUCUAGCGGGUCCUUGAUGGCGCUGGCGGAGAUUAUUUUGAACAAGUCCCAACCAUAG